AAAAGCACAUCCGUACCUAAGCUGUCUAAGAUAUCAUGGAUUGCCUUGGAGGUCUUCCUAGCAUUGAUCGAAUUUAGAGCCAAUUUGCAAUUCUAGCUUCCGUUGCCUGCUGUGGUCCGUGGGAUUUCUGUUUGACAUGGUCGACCAUCUGCAAGUCAUUGCAUUGCAUUUCAUGCCCCGCUUGCGCCUUCCUUCCUCAUUCCUCCGGGCUUGUUCCCGUCGUUGAUGUGCAAGCUGGGCCAAUUGAUAGAGCAGGGUUGCCUUAGUUGCUCCAUGGGCGGAUAAUCUGUCUGGAUCUUGUGUAGCAUUCGGGGUGGCGGUUCGGACGGCGGCACAGCUCAGAGCAUUCUUAUUAACGUCUGUUCGCUCGGUCAUACCCCAAGGUCUCCAGUCAUUGUUGCAAAUUAACCGACCAAAAUGGCGGAAGUUGAAGAGCCACGGUUCACCACGCUCGCUGAGCGCAUUGCUGCCCUCAAUCAGCAGAAGAAUUUCCAAACUCCGCCAUCGACCGCCGGCAAACGGGCCCCGCCCCCGCGUCCAGUCCGUAGCGUGACCGCGGAUGCGAACACAACACACGAUGCUGCCCCUGCCGAGAAGAGCCCUUCUAUUCCUCCGCGGCCGGUCCGGGCUGCUACGGAGAGAUUGCCGCCGCCACUGCCGCGCCGGACUACAGGGCAAGACAAUGGGGGGCAUACAUCGGCUCCAUCGCCGGGGCGCCCGUUGCCGCCCCCGCUACCGGCGCGAAGCUCGCCGCAGGCCACUCCGCCGAAGCUGCCCACGCGCCGCCCAUCCGCCCAGACCUUAUCUGUUAGGAGAAACUCGAAUGCCUCCGAUGUCUCCCUGCUAUCCACCGUGUCCAGCCUAUCUCUAAAUCACUCCAAGUCUGCUACUUCCAACGGACCACCGGAGGGGCAAACACCAAGGAGGUUGCCGCCGCCCCUUGAACAAGCCAAGCUGCCCCCGCUGCCACCAACCCGGCGGGAGCUGGAGGCGAAGGCAAGGGAGGCUGCGGAGAAGGAAGCUGCAAGCAACACGCCGUCUCUUCCACCGAGACGCGUCGCCGAACCGCCACGGCCUUCGUUGCCGCCUCGGGUCCCGUCGAGACCGAACAACAACUCUCCUGCACUCGCCCCGUCCGAAGAACCAUCCCCAGCACUCCCUUCGCGACGCCUGCCCCCUCCCCCCCGGGCCUUCAAGUCAGCGCUGGAAUGCGGCUUUAAUUCGGGCGCCGGCAAACCAUCCCCUCCUCCCGCCCCUCCCCCAAUCCCCUUGAGCUCCCGGCCAACAGUGGCCGAGAUCGACGCCGUAGCAACCCGGGUCUCCUCCAUCUCUCUCCACUCCUCGUCACCAGGCCAGGGAGGAGCCUGCCUCACGUGCCGCGACUUCUCCGGCCCGGACACCGUCGCCUCACAGCACCCAACCUCCACCCUCCCGCGGCACAGUGACCCGAUCGGCUACCUCGCGCACGUGCUCUGCUCGCCCUUCCCCUCCCCCACGGACAAGGCCCGCGCCAUCUUCACCUGGUGCCACCACAACAUCGCCUACGACGUGCACGGCUUCUUCAACAACUGCAUCCCGCGGGGACAGACCCCGGCCGAGACCAUCUUCUCCGGCAAGGCCGUCUGCGAGGGCUACGCGCGCGUCUACGAAGCCAUCGCCACGCGCGCGGGCUUGAGCUGCGUCGUCGUGACGGGCCACGGCAAGGGCUACGGCUUCCACCCCUUGAAACCGGGCGAGCGCCCGCCGCCGCGCAAGCCGGACGGCCACGCGUGGAACGCGGUCCGUAUCGACGGCGGCGCGUGGAAGCUGGUCGACGCGUGCUGGGGCGCGGGCGCGCUCUGCAACGGCGCCUACAAGCAGCGCUUCGCGCCCGAGUGCUUCACCAUGAGCAACAAGCGCUUUGGGCAGCGGCAUUACCCGGCCGACGACCGGCACUGGUACCUCGGGCGCCUGCCGCCGUCGUGGGAGGAGUACAUCGUCGGCCCCGCCCCCGGCGAUGAGCCGGCCGAGUGGAUGGGCGAUGCCACGCGCGAGGGGCUGGACGAGAGCAACUUUGCCCCCGCGCAGAAGAGAAUCAGCGUGUAUGGCGGUCAGGGAACCGUGCGGUUCCAGUUUGCCAAGGUGUGUGAGCACUGGACGCCGGAGCGGAACGGCAUGGGCAAGCAGAUGCUGUUUGGGCUGAAGAUUGGGGGCGUGGACGGGAGGAAGGAGGAUAUCAUCCCGCUGGAGAGCGAUGGGUUCUGGUGGUACUUGGACGUGAAUGCGAGGGAAUUAGGGGCACCGGGGCAGGAUGUGCUGUUAGUGGGGUUCGAGACGAUAGACGGGCAGAGCGCGAGGGGGUUGACGAAGGCAGAGUGGUUGAGGAGGAAGGGACGGUGCGGGUACAGUUAUUGUUUCUUGGUGCGAUGGGAGCUGGUGCCGUGAUGGCAUUGGUUUGACCAACAAUUGCUGCGGCAGGUUGAGGGUAUGCUUCUAUCUAUGCAUUUGGAGUAGUACAGACGGCGACUUAUAUCGCUUCUUCUAGGUUAAUAGUCUCCUUCAAGACCCCAACAUGCACCACGAACCCGGAGUCCGCUCGUAGUCCCGGAACUAGCAAUUCAUCUGGAACCCGCCAGGUAUGGAACGACCUGGCAAACCGCGCCGUCCACGCCUCAAAGACCAGCGGAUCUCGCAGCUGCUGCGCGACCACACACACGCAAGGCUCCGCCCCGGUACCGGCGUCCGUGCCCGUCCCCGUCGCCGUCUCGUUCACCCUGAGCCUGCAUAGAUCAACGCACGUCGAUACGAACGGGUCG